AACCACCCCCCCCCCCCCCCCCUCUCCGGUGGUUCGUGGGCUGGCGAAGGGAGCGCUUGGCUGUCUCCCUCCAUGUCGAUGUCGACUUCGGUCUGGCUAGUCAAGCUCUUGUCGUUGAUCAGUUUUCCUUCUCUCGACUCAUACAAAGCGACGCACACAGCGAGGUACGUUUACAACCGACCGCUUGGAGAAGAAAUCACGGCCAGCGCCAACUCGGACUCUGUCGGGACCGGGCAUUAUUGCAUUGUAGGAGGGCAGCAUGUUCGCCCACGUCCAAGGGAGCGGGAGAGAGGCACACAGGCCAUUGCACCCCCACAGGUUCGAAAUGUGCAUGGCAAUAGUUUGUAGCAUACACCACGGAUACUACUACGACUACGUAUGAACUGGGGCGCGCCCAUCAGCCAGAUACACGACAUGCUCGUGCCCGGACUGAACCGGCCGCGGAUGUGGGAUCCAUCUAACCUGCACCUAUACCAAUUUUAAUCACGUCAGGCCCCCGUCGGCUCGUAAUCAUGGC